CAUUCGGCGUAAAAAGUUUGUCGUCAACGCAUCAGCAAAAUCGGUCCGUCGUCGGUUUCGUUGUUUUCCCAAUCAAUUUGCUGGCUCGUCGCCUUAAACCACGUAAUCAAAUCGGACCCCCUAAUUAAUCGCGUAAUUGUCUUUUAGUGCGGCGGUGUGAUAACGCGAUUGAUUGCGAAAAGGGUAGAAAACGGUGUUUUGUGGAGUUGGAAAAAUAAGUAACAUGACAUCACAUUCCUGAUACUGCUGAUGAUGAUGACGAUGACGGCGGGUGAUGAAUGAUUGAAAUCGGGAACAGAGUUUUCUCUUUUGUUUACGUUCUGCGUGAGAUUUAAAAGUAGCUGCUGCUUAAAAGUGCGGAGUUGUAAAUCGCGAUUUAGUGACGUGUAACAAUAACAGAAAUAAGCAAACAGGAUUGGGGUGAGACGAGUGCCAGCUGGCAAAGAUGCCCGAUAGUUUAAGCAGGAACAACCUGGACUGGUCCAGGUACGGACUGGGCAGCGAUGACUCAUCGCCGACGGAACGAGCCCGAGCACGGGGCAAUUCCGGCGGUUUUGUGGAUUUGGGCAACGAGUACGAUUACGGCGCCGGAGGGCAUCACGCGUCCGGAAGGGAUGAGAUAUUCGCCGAAGACCAGGGCGACAAGCCUUGGUGGCGGAGUAACUUCUUUAUAUCGCAACCGGUGCUUUUCGGGACGUGGGACGGCGUGUUUACGUCCUGUUUGAUCAACAUCUUCGGUGUGAUUGUGUUUCUGCGUUCUGGUUGGAUUGUGGCCGAAGCUGGCAUCAUGCAUGCCGUCCUGAUCAUCUUUUGUGCCGUGUCGAUCGCGCUCGUUUCCGUGCUGUCCGCGGUAGGGAUCUGCGAACGGUGUCGGGUUGAGUCCGGUGGAGUUUACUUCCUAAUUGCGCACACGCUGGGUUCCCGGUUUGGCGGUUCCCUUGGGCUGUUGUACUGCUUUGGUCAGGCCGUCGGAUGUGCGUUGAACGUGCUCGGUUUCGGUGAAUCAAUGGCCGGCCUUGUGGGAAUGGAAAACAACAAGUGGGCCAUCCGACUAUUUGCCAUCGCAGCGGUUCUCCUGCUCGGAGUCAUCAAUGUAGCCGGAGUAAAGUGGGUCGUCAAGCUGCAGUUUGCCCUGCUUAUCAUCCUGCUCAUUUCCGCCCUCAACUUCAUGGUGGGAAGCUUCACUGGCGAAGAUCCCGAAAAUGGCUUCGACGGCUGGGGACAAGGCAACAUGGCACUAAAUCUAUGGCCAAACUACAGUCCAGAAACCACCUGGUUCACCGUGUUCGGAGUGUUUUUCCCCACCAUCACGGGAAUCCUGUCCGGAAUCAACAUGAGCGGUGACCUGCGCGCCCCAUCCACAGACAUCCCGAACGGAACGCUCGCUGCCCUCAGCACCUCGACCUUUCUCUACAUGGUGUUCAUCCUGUUCCUUGGAGCGACCUGCCAGCGAACUCACCUCCUCACCGACUUUAUGAUCGCCGUCCGCGUUUCCGCCAUCCCGUUCCUGCUUCUCGCCGGCAUCUACGUCUCCAGCAUGUCCUCCUGCCUAGGCGCCAUGUACGGAACUCCCCGCGUCCUCCAAAGCAUCGCCAACGAAAACGUCAUCCCCGGCAUCGGCAAACUCGGUAUGGGCCGCGGCCCCAACAAAGUCCCGCUGUACGCGAUGGCCGUCGUCGCGACCGUAACCACAGCCUUCAUCCUCGUCGGAGACAUCAACAAACUGGCCCCGAUCGUGACGAUGCCGUUCCUGCUGACGUACGCAUGCAUAGAUUACUCGUACUUUGCGCUGGCGCAAACCUUCGACAUUCAAAACACCCGCGAGGAGCGCUUCCGGAUACAGGCGCAGAGUCCGCUGUACGAGACGCGGAACUACGGCGCGGCCGGCGGAGACUACCAUGACAACAACGAUCUGGACCAGCUGUUUCCGGAGCGAACGCGCCACAAGAAUCUGUCGACCCCCACCAACUCCCCCCUGCACGUGCCUGCUACCGGGGGCGGUGCCCGCACGGUGGCCAACGGCGGUGUGACUCCCAUGGCCAACGGCGGAAUGUCCAACAGUACGUCCAUCAACAGCGAGGUCGUGUUCCGGGACGGCACCAACAGCAACUCGCUGGACGAUCCAAACGGCGCGGUUGCGGCCGACGACGAGCCGAUCGCGCCCAUCCGGCCGCCGAUCCACUCCAAGACCAAGAACUGGUACUCGGGCUUUUGCAACCGGUGGGCUUCGCUGAUGGGGGCGGGGAUUAAAAUCUUUGUGAUGCUGCUCGUGAACUGGGUGUUUGCGCUGAUUUGUAUGGGCACGGUGUUUGUGGUGUGGUUCUACGUUGGGACGGCCAAUCCGGCCGUGAAGCCGGGACUGGCGCACGAGUUUCGGUUUUUUGUAUGGCUCAAAAAUGCCGUUUUCCGGUGCUUUGGAAAACGAGUCCACGACUACGAGCAGGUCGUGGUGACGCCGUCCUGUCCCAACGUGCCGCUGGCUUCGGCCCAGCUCAACGAGGAAAACGAAGACUUUGCCUCGCGGCGUCGCUACCAUCAGUCGGCGGUCGUUCACGGUCACUACGUGGACGAUGUGUAAACGGUGGCCAAAUGAGAGGGAGAGAGAAAGAGAUGGAGUUACUUACACACACAAACACAACCAACAACACUCUGAGAACAAUACUUCUUUUGUGGAUUAGAUAGAACUUGUAGUAGUGCGCGCGGCUCUAGGAAGAAACAAUAUUUGUAAAUCUAUACAAAGUCCGUUCGUCAGAAGAAGAAGAAGAAGACCAGCACCACCCAAAACGUGAACUGAUAUAGUCUGAGCGACGUGGUCAAACCGUAACUAUUUUGUAUAAUCAAAACCAACAUUUAAGAAAAAGAAGAAACGCAGCAUAUAGUGAAGAAAAUAAAACAUUUAUAGGAAAUUACGCGCAAUCUUUAAGCAAUAAGUGUGAGAUGAAUCGAGAAAUUGGCGAAAUCCUCAAAGUCAAGUCUUUAAAAAAACGUGUUUUUAUUUUAAUUCUGCUAUUGUAAAUAAUAUGUUCUAACUCUUAUUUAUAACACA